UUGCGCCUGUUUGCAGCCUCCUUGCCUAGUGGAAAUGGACGAACCUCAACACGAUGCAUCAGCGCCGUCGACCUCCAACUGCAGACACGCUGGAGGAUAUCUCACACGCACACUGUCAUCCGGUCCUUGACUACUAACUCGAGCGUGGCUCAUAUCACAGGCCUCGGACUUGCAGCCAUUCCCUCGAUUUCGCAGUUUUCCAGCCUUCGAUCGGUCAACUUGUCCUGCAAUCUUAUAGUUCGUAUAACUCCGGGAUCUCUACCAAAGGGUCUUCAUGUUCUUAACCUAUCAAGGAACAACAUAAGCACGAUCGAGGGUCUGAGGGACUUGACUCGUCUCCGCGUGCUUGACCUCAGCUACAGCCGGAUCUCCAGAAUCGGUCAAGGGAUGUCGAACUGCACUCUCGUGAAAGAGCUCUAUCUUGCCGGGAACAAGAUAAGCACGGUGGAAGGUCUGCACCGGCUCUUGAAGCUGACCGUGCUCGACUUGAGCUUCAACAAGAUCACCGCAGCGAAGGGACUAGGCCAGCUCGUAGCGAAUUACAGCUCCCUCAUAGCGGUGAAUCUACUUGGGAAUCCGGUCCAGAGCAACAUGAGCGACGAGCUGAUGAGGAAGACGGUGUGCAGCCUGCUCCCGAAGCUCGCGCUGCUCAACAGGCACCCGGUGAACCCACAGAAGGCGCGAGAGAUACGCGUGGACUCCAGUGCAAAAGCUGCCCUCGGAGGCGACAGCGGGGGCUUCAUCGUCGUCUCGGAGAAGCAACGCUGCCGUCGGCACCGGCCAUAA